AUGUCCACUAAACUCAGCAUCGCCGUCGUCGGCAUCGGCCGCAUGGGCCAGCGCCACGCUCUGAACUUACACCACCGCGUCCCCCGCGCCCGUCUCAUCGCCGUGUGCUCGCCCGCACCGCAUGAAAUCGCAUGGGCGAUGGAGAACCUCAAGCCAGACGGCGUGCAGGUGUUUGCGGACUAUGACGAGAUGAUCAAGAUGCCGGGAUUACAGGCUGUGGUCAUCGCGUCGUCGACGCACCUGCAUGUCCCGCAUACCCUUGCGGCGCUCGAGAGGGGGAUCCAUGUCCUUUGCGAGAAGCCGAUUACAACGGAUAUUGAGGCGCUCAAAAGCAUCAUAGCUGAGAAAGCCAAAUCACCGGAAACGAAGCUAAUGGUCGGCUUCGUGCGCCGCUUCGACAAAAACUACGCAGACGCCCUGGCAAAAGUCAAGGCUGGGGUGAUCGGCGAACCGCUCAUAAUCCGCUCGCAGGGGACCGAGAAGCUCGAUAAGACUGGGUACUUUAUCGAGUACGCGCGGGUCAGCGGCGGGAUCUUCCUCGACACUGUCAUCCACGACAUCGACCUGACACUCUCCUUCUUCGGCGACGACAGCCAGCCCAAGUCAUGUUACGCGGCAGGGAUCGUCUCGCACCACCAUGAGAUGAACGAGUGGGGCGACGCGGAUAACGCCGUGGGUGUUGUUGAAUUCUGGGGCGGGCGCAUUGCGCACUAUUACCAUUCCCGAACGACAGUGCACGGGUACGAUAACUGUACGGAGAUUGUGGGGCGAGAUGGGAAGAUUGCGAUUGGGUUGGUGCCGACUGUGAACAAGGUGCAGGUUUCUGGGAAGGAGGGGAUUGUGCAGGAGGUGUUUCCGAGCUGGAUUGAUCAGUACAAGGAUGCGUUUAUUACGGAGAUGGAGGCGUUUACGGACGCUAUCCUAGAGGGGAGGGAGGUGCCGCUGAAGCUUGAGGCGGCGUUGACCGGGUUAAAGAUUGCAGAGGCGUUGCAGGAGAGCUUGAACAGUGGGAAGAAGGUGGAGUUUGAUGAGCGGGGGGAGAGGAAGUAG